ACAGAGCUAAUUAAUGGCGAUCUUGGCCGUCCCUUCUCCUUCCCUCGCCUUCAGAUCCACCGUCUCCACUCCAAGAACUCCCCGGCAAGUAAGGAUCUCUGCCGCCGCCGCCGUCGCCGUCCCGACUGCCGUCGCGCGGACUAUGUACGACCUCCUCUCCGUGUCCCGAACCGCCGGCCCGGAGGAGAUCCGCGCCGCGUACCGCCGGCUCGCACUCCGGUGGCACCCAGACACGUGCCGAUCGCCGGCCGGCGAGGAGCGCCGCCGCCAGGCGGAGCGCUUCAUGGCGGCGCGAGAAGCCUGCGAGGUGCUUUCCGACCCCUCCCGCCGCCGCAGCUACGACCUCGCCAUCGCCGGCGACCGCUGGGCCGCCGCUGUCGACGCGGCGGCCGCCUUCCGGCCGGAGGGCCGCGCGCGGCGGCGCGGAGGGGCGGCGUCCGGUGGCAACUGGAAGACGCAGCUGGACGGGCUCGGGCGGCGGUCCGCCGUGGCGGAGGCUGGCGGCGAGGAAACGUGGGGUGCCCGCCUGCGCCGCACUCGCCGCGCCGACUCGGUGAGUUGAUGACUCGGACGGCGCUUGGAUCUGGCGAAUUUAGAAAUAGAUUUGGGUCUCCAAAUAUCUCGGAACACCGAAUCCAACAAUCCAUCGGAGAAUCUUUCAAAUUUUCCAUGGAUUAUGGACUCUUUUUUUUGUUGGUGUUUGUGUCACCAAACUAGAUCGCCGUUAACUCUUUUUAGAUUGUGAAUUAGUUAAAUUCUACUCCUCGAUGAGCAUAACUUUUGAGCUGUGCAAGAAAAAAAAAAGGAUUAUAAACUUUUAUA